AUGGCGUCUCAACCCCAAGGCGGCGAGUUCUGCCUCGAAUGCAACUGGGAAGCCUUUCAUAUAGACGGGAAGGACACCGUCGCCCCCUCUGAAAAUCCUCAGGAUCACUGGAACUGCUCAGGCCACGAACUCCCCGCACCCUUACCCCCCUGUGAGGUCGACGAGGCCUGCUGUGAUGUCGACGACUGCGCACUAGACUGUGGGUCAGCAUGCGGAGGCUUUCUGGACUGUGAUACUUCUACUGUCUGUUCUGCUACCCAUUGUGAGGAUGAUAAUUGUGACGACACUCACUGCGAUACCAACCAUUGUGAAGAGACCGAGUGUGAAAAGCCUGACUGCGCGGAGGAUCACUGCGACAAUAUUGACCCUCUUUGCUUCGAGGCUCAUUGCUGUGACGGCACGGAGAAUCAAGAUUGUGGCUUCGACACCUUCUUCGGACUGAAUACCCCAUUAUCACUGGAUACCGGUGUCUUCCCAUCGACGACGAUGGGAUCCCACAUUCCCAGUCAUCCGAUGAAGGGGAUGGAGCACACCUUCCCUGGCACCUUCGAUCCUAGUCAACAACAAAACUUUCUCUCCUCAUACCAAGCACACGCUACCAACUGUGAGCAGGAUGUACCGAAUCACUUUGAAUGCCAUGACUUCCAGAAGGAUUGGCAGGCGAUGUUCCCAGCUCCCGCUCCGACCCAAACCGAAGUCAACCCGGCAGAGGUUUUCCAUAUGCUUGGGAUGUGCUCCGACUUUUCUAUAUGUCAAGACCAACAUGCGCCAGGGCAGCAAAAUAUGUUUGACCCCUUUGAGAAACCUAAACUCAACACGUCCGCAUUGAACUGUUACGACCAUGACCAUGGUCACCAUCACCAUGUCCACAACCACUUCAAGCAUCCUAACGAACUCAACCUGCAAAGCACCCGAAAGGGUCCUCAUCGUAGUCAUAAUCGUUGCCGCGCUCAUCAUCAUGCUCACUCCCACCCAUACUCUCCUUACUCACGACACGCCCGCUCAAGCAUUAGCUCCCACCUCCACUCAAGUCCGGGGGAAACCCCUCCGCCUCUUGAUGGAGGUGCUUCAUCUAUUCUCACGACCCCGGACUUCUCCGAGGACAACGAGUUGCAUGUCUGCAAGUGGGCACCUACGAUCAACGGAAUCAAAGCAGUAUGUGGUGCUGCCUUUGCCGACUCCGGUGCUCUCCAAGAGCAUCUCAUCGCUGCCCAUAUGAGCACUGUUGAUGGAGCAAAGGGAAAUGGGUACUACUGCUGUUGGGAAGGCUGCCAUCGUCCCGAUGAACCCUUCUCGCAGAAGUCCAAACUCCAAGGUCAUUUCCUCACGCAUAGCAAUUAUAAAAACUUCUCUUGCGCGGUAUGUGGCAAGACAUUUGCUAGACAGGCAACAUUAGAUCGCCAUGAGCGCAGCCAUCGAGGCGACAAGCCAUAUGCGUGCAAACACUGUGGCAAGUCGUUUACUGAUAGCAGCGAGUUGAAAACACACUCGCGAACUCACACUGGCGAGAAGCCAUUCAAGUGCACUUGGCCAGGAUGCAACUUUACAACAGGCGAUUCUUCAAACAUGUCUAGUCAUAGACUGACUCAUGGAGAACGAAGGCAUAAGUGCCUCUUCCCAGGUUGCACCAAAAGCUUCACACGCCCCGGUAGGCCCCUCGACUGUAAGCUAUUACCCUUAAACCAGAUUGCUAACAGUUUGUUUUCUCCCCCAUCAGAUCAAUUGAAGCGUCACCAACGAACAACCCAUAAACACGAAUCUUGCUCGACCCUACCCUCACCUAGUCCCGACCACUUUACGCUGCCUCCCUUUGCCAUCGUCUAA